AUGAUCUCUCAGGUCUCCACUAGUUUGCCACUAGCAGAAGACGAUCUCAUGAUUGGCUUCCGGAAGAAAGAUCUAAUCGGCCUUAAUCUACCACACAAUGACGCCCUUGUCAUCAGCAUUCAAAUUGCUCAGGCCAUGGUCAACCGAAUCCAUGUAGAUGAGGGCAGUGCAACCAACAUCUUACAAUUGGCGGUCAUCCAACAGAUGGGCUUGGAGACAAAGAUCAAUAAAUCAGCCAAGUCACUGACUGGCUUCAAUGGCGCAACAACGAUUACCGCGGGCACGAUAGAUCUCGACGUCUACUCCCAACUUGUAAUCAAUUCGCAAACGUUCAUGGUCAUUGAUGAGGUAUCACCCUAUAAUGGCAUUCUGGGCAGACCAUGGAUCACCAAGAUCAACGCCAUCACCUCCGCCACACAUCAGAAGAUUCGCUACCCAAUCCCCGGGGACGGUAUUGGCCAAAUCAACAGCGAUUAG